GAGGGGCCCCCUCGGGGUCCAGGGCAGCCCCCGGCUCCCCAAGGUGCCGCGGGUGAGCCUGGAGCGCCUGGAGCUGGACCUGGAGCUGGACCCCGCGCAGCCGCCCGUGUUCCGCAUCUUCCCGGGGCCCUCGGCCGAGGAGUUCAGCGUCAUCGUCAUCGAGCAGGGGACACCGGGGACGGCGGGGACGGCGGGGACGGCGGAGACAGCGGGGACACUGGGGACAGCGGGGACAGCGGAGACAGCAGGGACAGCGGAGACAGCAGGGACGGUGGAGCUACACGGAGCCUUCCCUGUCAAGGAGGAGCAGCAGGAGUCGCCCAUUGGGGACACCGGGGACACCGGGGACACCAAACCCGUGGCGCUGCUGCCGCUUCCCCUGGCGGAGCCGGGCCCCGUCCCGGGCUCCUCCCCCGGCCCGGGGCUCCCGGUGGUCCCGGAGGGGCUCCCGGUGGUCCCGGCCAUCCCGGGGGUCUCGUGCUGCCGCGUGUGCGGCCAGGCCGGGGCCGUGGUGAUGUGUGACCGCUGCCAGCGCUGCUUCCACCUGCACUGCCACCUGCCCGCCCUGCAGGACGUGCCCAGCCCCGAGUGGACGUGUUUGCUGUGCCAGGAGCUGUCCCCGCCCAGCCCGGCUGCGGAGCGCGGCCCCGCGCACAAACUGAGCCCCCAGGACCAGCAGAGGUGCGAGUUCGUCCUGCUGGAGCUGCUGUGCCACGAGCCCUGCCGGCCCCUGCAGCGCCUCUCCAGCUCCCCGGACGGCCGCGACGCCAUCGACCUGACGCUGAUGCGGGCGCGGCUGCAGGAGAAGCUGAGCCCGCGCUACCGCAGCCCCGAGGAGUUCGCCCGCGACGGCUGGCGCCUGCUCCGGCAGUUCCACCGCCUCACCGAGGACAAGGCGGACGUCCAGUCCAUCCUGGAGCUGCAGCGCUUCCUCGAGAGCCGCCUCAGCGCCGUCUUCGGGGACCUGAAGUUCUCGUGGCUCCUGGCGGAUCCCGAGGAACCCCUGGAGCUGUCGCCGGGGUCCUGAUCCCUCCUCCUGGGGGGCUGGAACCCCUCCCGUGACCCCGAUUUCCCCGUCCCUGCCGUCCCGGCUCCCCCCCUCACGGUUCUGGUUUCCCCCCCGGAUCCUGCCCCAGAGCCUCCCAGGACACGGGGACGUCCCUGUUCCCUGUUCCCGGGGUCACGUGGGAAAAUAAAACCCUGGCUCGUC